AUGGCACAGAUCGCAAACCUUCCCAUGACCCCACUCAUGCCCACCGCUUCCUCGAACGACAUCAAAGAAAUCGCCUUUAAGACCGCUCCUUCGGCUUCCAAGCUCCAAAUCAAGCUCUUCCUAGAAACUUUCUGUGGCUUCGAGGUCCAAAAGGUGCGAACUCUUAACAUGAAGGGCAAGAAGAAGCGUUACGGGGGCUCCUUGGUCGCAAAACCUGAUUACAAGAAGGCAUAUGUCACCCUCAAGAACCCACUUUCCUUCUCCCAGAACCCUUACCCCUUUGGUUCCACCCUCCAAGACAACAAGAAUGAGAAGAUGUUGACCACUCACCGCUAG